AGGCCUUUGCAUCCUUACCCCGCAUCCUGAUGACACGGGCCGACUGUUCUCCGUCUGGACUUCGCCUCCCUUGACUCGGGUCCCUUCUCCCGAGCUCUGUUGGGAACAGCGGCAGGCGCCGCGCUCCAGGGGCUGCCGAGGGCGCCAGCUCCGCGCACCCCUCGGGGCCCCCCUCUGUCCACCCGCCCCUGCGAUGUGGCUUACCGAGUUUCUGCAGGUUGCAACCCCCGCUUCCUGCUGCCAGCCAUAAGGCUGGCAGCCGUCCAGGAAUGGCGUGCUUCUGCACUGGGCAGCCGCGUCUGGUCCCCGCCGCGGCGGAGUACUGCGAACGCGUCACGGAUGUGACUACCAGCGAGGGCCAGCAUGAUUUGUUCGAGGUUGCCGACACCGUCGACACCGAGACGAGCGAGCUGGACCAGUCGAUCACUACAGACAUCGACGACCCAGAUACUGACUUUGCCUCAGACCCGCUCUUGGCGGGAGGACGUGGGGGUAUGUACGCACAACGACGUCGGGGGAACGAUCAUGCUGCCGUACUCACCCAGCUGGCACUCAUGGAAGAGCGACUGCGGGACUUGACGGGUCAGGUCCGUGGGAGCUGUCACACAUCCAAGACGAGGGCCAAACAGCGAACAUCUGAUAGUUUCACGGAGAAGACCAACA